GGCUGAUGUGCUGCGCGAGAGGCUGGAAAUGGAAGUGUUGAUGCUCUGGCUUUUCCCCUGGAUAUUUCAGUGCGUUUCGGUGCGGGCGGACUCCAUCAUCCACAUCGGUGCCAUUUUUGAGGGCAAUGCUGCCAAGGACGAUGAGGUGUUCAAGCAGGCGGUGUCGGAUCUGAACCUCAAUGACGACAUCCUCCAGAGCGAGAAAAUCACUUACUCCAUCAAGCUCAUAGAGGCCAACAACCCCUUCCAUGCGGUGCAGGAAGCCUGCGACCUGAUGACCUUGGGGAUCUUAGCCUUGGUGACCUCCACAGGUUGUGCCUCAGCCAACGCCCUGCAGUCCCUGACAGAUGCCAUGCACAUCCCACAUCUCUUUGUGCAGCGCAACACGGGAGGCUCCCCACGCACGGCCUGCCACCUGAACCCCAGCCUGGAGGAGGAGGAGUACACGCUGGCUGCCCGGCCACCGGUCCGCCUCAAUGAUGUUAUGCUGAAAUUGGUCACGGAGCUGCGGUGGCAGAAAUUCAUUGUCUUUUAUGACAGCGAUUAUGAUAUACGUGGACUGCAGGGAUUUCUCGAUCAGGCCUCCAGGCUGGGACUUGAUGUGUCAUUACAAAAAGUGGACAGGAACAUCAGCAGAGUCUUUGCCAACCUUUUCACUACAAUGAAAACUGAAGAGCUGAACCGCUAUCGGGACACGUUACGAAGGGCUAUCUUACUUCUAAGUCCACGGGGAGCCCAGACAUUCAUUAAUGAGGCUGUGGAAACCAACCUUGCAUCAAAAGAUAGUCACUGGGUCUAUGUAAACGAGGAAAUCACUGAUAAUGAAAUAUUAGAGCUGGUGCAUAGUGCUCUUGGGAGGAUGACAGUUAUCCGGCAGAUUUUUCCUCUCUCAAAGGACAAUCAGAGAUGCAUGAGGAACAAUCACCGAAUAUCAUCACUGCUCUGUGAUCCACAAGAAGGCUAUCUUCAGAUGCUGCAGGUUUCCAACCUGUACCUGUAUGACAGUGUGCUCAUGCUAGCAAAUGCUUUCCACAGAAAACUGGAGGACAGGAAAUGGCACAGCAUGGCAAGUCUGAAUUGCAUGAGGAAAUCCACCAAACCCUGGAACGGGGGACGAUCCAUGCUUGAGACUAUUAAGAAGGGCCAUAUAACUGGGCUUACUGGUGUUAUGGAGUUCAGAGAAGAUGGCGCCAACCCCUACGUUCAAUUUGAAAUACUGGGCACCAGCUACAGUGAAACAUUUGGCAAAGACGUCCGGAGGUUGGCAACGUGGGACUCUGAGAAAGGGCUGAAUGGUAGCCUGCAAGAACGACGUCUGGGAAGUGAUUUACAAGGACUGACACUGAAAGUGGUGACUGUCUUGGAAGAACCUUUUGUGAUGGUGGCGGAGAACAUACUUGGGCAACCAAAACGUUACAAAGGAUUUUCCAUUGACGUCCUGGAUGCACUGGCCAAGAAUCUGGGCUUCAAAUAUGAGAUAUAUCAAGUUCCUGAUGGGAAAUAUGGACACCAGCUUCAGAAUGGCUCCUGGAAUGGCAUGAUUGGAGAACUUAUUAACAAGAGAGCAGAUCUAGCAAUUUCAGCCAUCACUAUAACACCUGAACGAGAGAGCGUUGUGGACUUCAGCAAGCGGUACAUGGACUAUUCAGUGGGGAUCUUGAUCAAGAAGCCUGAAGAGAAAAUCAACAUCUUCUCUCUCUUUGCUCCGUUUGACUUUGCGGUGUGGGCUUGCAUUGCUGCUGCCAUCCCUAUAGUUGGAGUCUUGAUAUUUGUCUUGAACCGGAUCCAGGCGGUCAGGGCACAGAAUGCCUCCCAGCCAAGCCCUUCUGCCUCCUCCACCCUGCACAGUGCCAUCUGGGUUGUGUACGGAGCUUUUGUUCAGCAAGGGGGUGAAUCUACUGUCAAUUCUGUGGCUAUGCGCAUUGUGAUGGGAAGCUGGUGGCUCUUCACCCUUAUCGUGUGCUCAUCCUACACAGCCAACUUAGCAGCGUUUCUCACAGUAUCAAGGAUGGAUAAUCCUAUAAGAACAUUUCAGGAUCUGUCUAAGCAAAUGGAUAUAUCUUAUGGUACAGUCAGAGACUCAGCGGUGUAUGAAUACUUUAAAGCAAAAGGAACAAACCCUCUGGAGCAGGAUAACACAUUUGCUGAACUGUGGAGGACAAUAAGUAAGAAUAAUGGGGCAGAUAAUUGCGUAUCGAACCCUUCUGAAGGCAUCAGGAAGGCAAAGAAAGGAAAUUAUGCAUUCCUGUGGGAUGUGACAGUGGUGGAAUAUGCUGCGCUGACGGAUGAUGAAUGCUCCGUGACAGUCAUUGGUAACAGCAUCAGCAGCAAAGGAUAUGGGAUUGCACUCCAGCACGGAAGCCCCUACAGAGAUCUAUUCUCCCAGAGGAUCUUAGAGUUGCAAGAAACUGGAGAUUUGGAUGUUCUUAAACAAAAAUGGUGGCCACGGAUGGGACGUUGUGACCUGAAUAGCCACACAAAUGCACAGACAGAUGGGAAAGCUCUCAAGCUGCACAGUUUUGCAGGCGUGUUCUGCAUUUUAGCUAUAGGCCUUCUUCUUGCCUGCUUGGUGGCAGCAUUGGAGUUGUGGUGGAACAGCAACCGUUGUCAUCAAGAAACACCGAAAGAGGUACAGCAUGGGCAGCAGCAGUGCAAGCUUCCCCACAUUGCCCCACCAAUGUGCCUCAACCCUGACCUGGAGAGACCACCUUUAGGGGAUAAAGAAGUGAACCUGGAGCAGGUCCAUAGACGCAUGAACAGUUUAAUCGACGAAGACAUAGCCCACAAGCAGAUCUCUCCAGCGUCCAUCGAGAUCUCAGCCUUGGAGAUCGGAGGCAUGCAGCCAGCUCAGACCCUGGAGCCGGUACGCGAAUACCAGAACACGCAACUUUCUGUCACCACCUUUUUACCUGAACAGACAACUCAUGGUGCCAGCAGGACACUCACAGCUGCCUCUGGCAGCAACCUGCCGCUGCCCCUGAGCAGCUCAGCCACCAUGCCCUCCAUACAGUGUAAACACAGGUCGCCAAAUGGAGGACUAUUUCGUCAGAGCCCCGUGAAAACCCCAAUCCCUAUGUCAUUUCAGUCUGUGCCGGGGGGAGUCAUUCCAGAAGCAAUGGAGCCCUCUCAUGGAACAUCCAUUUGAUGAGAACAAACAGUAACACAACCAGCAGAGCUUUUUAAUACAAAAUUAAAAACAAAACAGAAAAAAAAAAAAACAAAAAAAUAUAAACAGCAAAGAAACUCUUACAUUUUUCAUGUAUAUAAGUGUAAAUAAUGAAAGAAUGAAGUGGGGUAAAAGUGUAUUUUGAAUAUUCCCAAUUUUCGAAGUCAGUAAAAAAACAAAAGACAAAAAAAAAAAAUGUAUGAAUGACUUUGUAAAUUUUGUUCUAUAUGAAUAAAAAGGCAAACUACUUGUGAUCGUUCUCAAGUGCCAAAGAAGACCAGUUACUGGGACUGAGGGACGUACAUUAUGAUUUUUCCUGUGGAUCUCAACUUGUAUUCCCUUCCUGUUCUUUUUGUUUUCAGAGCGAAUUUUCUCCAUUUCUUGCCAGGAAAGUUCACUGUGCUCAGCCCUCUCCUUUCCCUAGAAUCCUGUUGCUGGCAGUUCAUUCAGAGAGUUUAGCACCUGGUAUUAGAAUAGCGGUAGCAAAUGUCUUAAACCUGAAUUACGGCUAAAACCCAACAAGUGAUGAAAGUGAACUUUUGCUUUCUAACAAGGAUUCGGACAUCCACGCAGCUCUUAAGUUUAAGCACGGGAUUAUGGAAUUAUGUUAUUACAUGUGUACUGUGCUGUGUGGCUCUUCUUAUUUAAUCUAUGUUUUUGCUGUAUGUGUAUAUAAAAUAUAUAUGCUGUCUAGCGUAUAUAUUUCAUAUAUAUAAAUGCUUUGAUAAGAAACAAGUUUCUGGUUAUGGGUAAAGCUGCUAAGAAAAAAACUGAUCAGCUCUUUUUUUUUUGUCUUAUGUAGACGAAUACAAAAGGAGAGUAACCGGUGGCUGAAAGGACAGAGAGAAGGGAGAGCUUGAGCAGGCAGGAGGUAAUGGCACUGCAGUGACUGUGCCCUCUGGUGCCGUUCCUUUCUUUUAAGAUUUCAAGGAAUUUGCUGCAUAAUGGAUGUAAUGCUUGCAGCUGAAGUUAUAUCCCUGAAUGACAAGGCUAAGCUCGUGAGCACAACUCUGCUUUUUCUUCUCACUGAUAGUACCACUAGAAAAAUGUCAAUAGCCAUGCCUAUAAUACUAAUAGAAGUGGCCAUUAAAAGGUUUUGGGUUGUAUUUUUUUUUUUUUUGUCUGUGAAACAAAAUCAAAGAACAAAGAUAAAGCAACAUGUAUAGCUAAUUUAAGGUCUUGUCCUGCAAAUGUUACCGGUGUCGUUUCAUAUGACAAAAAAAAAAAGGCAAAACCAAAACACAUUGUUUCUUUCCCAAACAGUAGUUCUAAUGCUCCAAAUAACUGAUUCCUCCUUUGCCCACUCUUGCUAAUGGACAAUCAGUAGAUUCCAGAAUUGGGAUAAUUCAAUAUCUUCUCAUACUCCUAUAGCUAGGUUGCAAGUUCCCUCUGUAGCUGGAUUUCUCCACUUAAUUAGAACGCUGCUAUUUGGAAAAAGGCUGUAGGUCUCGGUGCAGCAAAAUCACAGCCUACAUUAAGGUGAAAGACUGUGUUUGAACAGAGGGUAAGGUGCAGUCCCAUCCUCAGAAAAUCAGCAGGCAAUCUAGGUCAGGCUUUUGGAUAAGUAAAUAUUUCAUUGAUCUCUCCCAAUUUGAUUUGUAUUAUUAACCAACAGGUCGAUUUAUAAGAUGAAAGUCCCCAGUUUUUUACAUUUAUAUUUCAUGCAGUAGGAAAACAAAACUCAAGCUAGGAUAGAAAAGCAGUCUCACAGAAGAAGAUCCCCAGCACACUGUUUAAAUGAGGGGUAUCGAUGGUGAGCCUCCAGAAGGAGGACUCUUGCAGGGAUUCAUUUGUUUCUGCUGUCAGUGUGGUUCCUCAGGAACACGGCACAGUUUUGCAGCCUGGCACAAAUUGCACUGUUUGCCACAAACUAAUUAAAAAUGAGUUAUGCUGUAUUCAGCUGACAGGAUUUAUCCCGUUUAGACAGCUGGCCCACACAAGCCUGGUUUUUUUUUUUCCUCCCUCUUUGGUUGUAUUUUUUCCUCCUAUUCUCCUAACAACCCUCUGACCACAGGAAAAGAUAGACAUUUCUCCUCUGGACUUUUCUGCCUUCCAUUCACAAGCACCAGUUAGUUAUAGCAGAACGAGCUGAACAAGAAGGCUGUGCACUCCUAGCUAUCUGCAAAGAUGCAAAGAGGAGAGCACGCAAAUGUUUGUAUUGGAAAAAAUAUAUAUUUAUAUUUUUAUUAUUAUUAUUCCCAAUUUAAGCUUUCUGAAGAGGUGCAAGGAGAUGCUAGGGCUUGUUUGGAGCAGGUGCUUGGUGAUCACCUUCAUUCCUAGCAUCCCCUGAGCUGCUUGGCCACAGCCUCCCCUCUGGACGACAAAGAGCCACGGUGAGCCCCCAGUGCACAGCAGCACAGCUGCUGCUGCCCACGAUGUAGCAAAUAAGUUCAUUAGGGGCUGCCUGAGCACGCAAAGCUCAAAGCAGGGGGCUGGAAUGCUGCUUUGGUUGAGGCAUCACUGCAUUCACAAAGCGUACCAAGUCUUUUUUCAUGUUGUACUCUAAACCACAGUGCUGAAUAAUUCAAACUGAACUGCAUUUGUGGAACAAAUUGUGAACGUAGUAUAUAACAUUCUCCAUGUUCAACAUUGUUCACCCAGCCGAGUCUUUAUCACGUGCUAUAGUGUUUGGAAGUGUGAUUUAACUUGUAAAUGAUGCUGGAUCUGAUUGGUUUUUUAUUCACAGAAUAGGAAAGACUAGUUUAAAAGCUCUGCAGGAUUACGUCUAAGACAGUCAGGAUCUUGCAGCAUCAAGCCAUGCUGUCCUCACUCAGAGAAGUAUUUAAGAAUGUGCAUAAACCCUAUAGAAGCAGCUGCUUUAUGCACAGGUCGAAGUGCCUUUCUGAUUACUGAUGGAGUUCAAUGCAGGCACCAGACUAAAUCUGUGGUUAAUUUUAAGCAGGUGAGUGAGCUUGCCAAACUCCGGGAGACUAUCCAGUUGCUUAAAGGUAGCCAAUAAAAGUACUUUGCUGCACCAGGGUCUAGGCUGUUAAAGUGGCAAUCCAUGAUGGCUAUGGCACUGCCUAGUAAUUAUUCAUAUAAAAGUUAGCAAGUCAUAGCAUGGGCCUCUCAACCAUGGCAGAGAGCUGUUAAAUCUUUCAUGUGGUGGUUUGGUUUUAGGUUAUUACGAACAAAUCACCAGGUGCUCCCCGAGCAUAAACAAUGUUUCUUUCCCUUAACUUUCUAAAAGUAAACGCAGAGUGUAUAAUUUCCACAUUCAAUCUCCUUUUUCAAAUAUAUAUCUUUAUUUUGACAGAUCAAAGCAUACAUUUUCUAUAUAGUAUGUAUCCACCACACACUAGCAUAUAUAUAUGUGUAUAUAUAUAUGUGUAUGUAUAUAUAUAUAUAUAUAUAUAUAUAUAUAUAUAUACACAUGCACGGUUAUUCACAGCCGAAGUGAGAAGAGUAAUUUCCAUGUGAUGUAAACGGGUACAAGCUCAAAGCCCUCACAGAGCUAUGCUUGUUCACACCACUUGCAGAUCUGACCCUUCCCUUUUAGUAGCUGGCAAGUAGAAAAAGAUGCAGAAAUUCCUGAAAGCUUUGAAGACUGAGCUGCACCCUUGAUUUUCAAACAGAACUUCCCUCUUAGUGUGCUUAAAAAGAAGAAUAAUGCCUGAUCCCAAAUAUUCCAGAUCCUCCGGGAUGUUUACAUUGCAAAGAUGACUGUACAAGAAAUGGAAAUUGAGUGCCUAUACCUUCCUUUUAUCGCGCUCUUUUGCUGAUGAACUUCUGCGAAAGCGACACCUGUGGCACAGCACUUGUAGUGCGUCUUGUUCUAUUUAUCCAUUAGUUUAGAGAUAACUAUAUUUUCAUACAAAAAAGAAAUGUGACUCCGUUUCUUCUAUUUGCUUGCAAUCCGCUUGCAAUUUGAAGGAUGCAUUGCUAUUAUUUCUUAGUAGUAUGUCAUGUUUUUUCUAUCGCAAUGGAAAAAAAAUAUAGUAAUUGUGCUUCUUAAUUUCAGAGUUGAAGCUUGAUAGAGUGUUUUAAUGCUGAGUUACAGCUCCAUGUGUGCGAUACUUGGCUUGCAAAGUGAAACUCCCACCACCUGCCUUGCUUUGGUAACCUGCCACUGCUGCACUGUAGAUGAAGGCUCAGCAAAACAUCUCACUUUCUCUCAGCCUGCUGAUAGAACACCUGGGUGUGGGUUCUCACCUGUGUAAGCCAGCAACCCUUCCAGUGAAAGGACCCGCCAGGCUUUGGCUCUUUGACAGUGGGACUGCCGGCACUACUUGCUAUGAACAUGUAUUCAGUGCUAGCUCUGGAAAGGGAAAUGUUUUGAGAGCCUCAGAAAUGAAAAUGUACCUGAAAGAGGAACUUGUAUUAGUAUGAUUAAUCUGAGCACUUAACAGAGAUUUGAAUUUGAACUAUUAGCUAAAAUAGCUUAGUAAACUUAGUAAACUAUUUUAAAACCUGUUCAUGUUUAGGCAUAUCUCUAAGAGAGGUUACUAGCUUUCCUUUCAAGGGAAACCAAGGUACACAGUGCUCAGACCCUUUGAUUUGAUUUUAUUUUAGUUUGCUAUGCUGAGUGGAACUUAUGUUACGAGCAGCUAAAUAGUGACAAAGAAUUAAAUGCGACAAACCUGGGGGACACUGUUGGAAACGUUCCUAAAUAAUCUACACCCUGUUGCAACCCUGGGAAAUGCAAGGAGAAAGGUCGAAGAAAACAGUGAAGAGAAGCAAAGGACAAGGUAAAAAUGGAUGUGUGGUGAGGGGGGAGGGAGGAAAGGGUGGUUACAACUCAUCUAUCAUAAGUGUCUAGCAAAGCUCUAUUACUGUAUCAGGAGCAUAGAUUUCAUCAUACAAGCAGUUGCCUCAGUUAAUUAUUAUUUUCUUAACUUUUAGGAAACAAAUAAAAACAGCUUUUGUUCUA